AGCAGCAGCAGAGAGAGAAUGGUUGGACAUUUAUUCCCUGCUCUCAUACUCCUCUGUUCUUUCAGCCAUUACUUUUGUACAACUGGGACAUAUUUUGCUCCAAAGAAGCAGUCCUGGAGCAACCAGAACCUGUCCUCUGUCCCUCUUGGUUUGGACUUGAGGCUCAGAAGACUUGAUCUGUCAAGUAACUUCAUCAGACAGUUGCACGCGCUCGCUUUGCCAGAAUUGGAGCAGCUGGACCUGAGCGGCAAUCAGCUGGAUCUCAUCUCCGAAGGGGCAUUCAAAAACGUGUCUCGACUUGAACGCCUGAACCUGUCCAGGAAUCGUCUGAACGUCCACCUUGGCAGCAACAGCAAAGCCCUCGGAUCCCUCGGCCGGCUGAAGAGUUUAGACAUAUCAAAGAAUGGAUUGAGAGAUAAUGAAGCGGAACUGUUACUUAAAAACAAGUCUUCUCUUGAUCGUCUUACGAUGAGCGGCAACUCCUUAACAAGGCUUUCAUAUGGCCUGUUCAGGGACAGCAACCGUUUAAGAGCCAUCACUAUUGACGACAAUCUGAUAUCAGAGAUAGCAGAGGGGACGUUUGAACCGCUGGGCCAGUUAGAAACGCUUAGUUUGGCUCAAAACAACCUUGCACAUAUUUGUGAUUUUAAUCUACAUCAAGUUAAAUAUUUGAACCUCAGCCAAAAUUCAGUGGAGUUUUUCGUCACGCGGGAAGAUGACAAGCUCUAUAGUCUUGAAAUUCUUGACCUGAGCCACAACAAGCUUCUCUACUUCCCAAUAGUUCCCAAAAUGAACCAAUUACAGUAUCUGCACUUGCAGAAUAACGUGCUUGGUAGUUUAACUUUAGAGGCUGUGAUGGUGUCGGAGACUAACGCUCUUUAUGCCGAGAUCAUAAAGGAGAGAACGCUUAGAAGAAAUUAUCUACACGCAAACUGGAGGCUGAUGCCACUGGUUUAUAUUGACCUGAGCUUUAACCACUUCACGUCUUUUCCUCUUGAGACUUUGAGCCUGCUUCCAUUUUUAGAAACGCUGCAUUUUGGCAACAACUGCUUACAAAGCAUAAAGUGGAAUAUUAGAAAUUAUAAUGACUCGGGAUACAUUCGCCAGCUGUUUUUUCAUUCCUUAAAGCACCUUGACUUGCAAAGCAACGGCCUUGCGUAUAUCUCCCCGUUCUUUCUCAAGGCGCUAACACACGUAGAAACGUUGAAUCUGCAGGACAACCUUGUGCAACCUUGCGCUCACGAUGAGAAUUUUAAUAGCCCUAUCUCAGAAUGGCGAAUCAAUCCAACAUCCUGUGCAAAGUUUGGGCAGAUUAAGACUCUGAAACACCUCACUCUUAGAGAAAAUGGUAUAAAAAUACUUCCUUUAAAUGCAUUUCGGAGAACUUCUUUGGUUUCUCUUAACCUUGCAAAAAACCCACACAUGGUAAUGCAUGAGAGAGCCCUGGAAGGUGUGCAAACAACCCUACAGUCUUUGACCAUCAGCGAGACAAAUAUGAGCAGCUCCCGUCUGUCUUUACCCUGCAUGCCGGCAUUAACUGAGCUGAACAUCUCAAACAACAACCUCGAUCAGAUACCCAGCCAGUUAGGCUGCUCUCCUCUCCGACUAAUAGAUGUAAGAAACAAUACGUUUAAGACAUUAAACCAUUCGCUGAUUCAAACUUUAUCCGUAAACCUCACUACAAUGUUCAUCAGUGGAAAUCUGUUCAACUGCUGCGACAGUAGAUGGGUGGCUGUCCUAAACGAGACGAGCGUUACUCUGCCCGACAUCGGUGAGACUGAAUGCUUCACCCGUGUGAGAAACUUCAUGAUGACAGAAUAUCUCAAAAGCCCGUUGCUUCCUUGUUUGCUUCAUAAAGAGACACAGGGAGUUCAUUAUGUUCAAAUGGUUACAACCAUUUUAUUUAUAACUGUGUUAUUGACAGGGUUGAUCGUGUUCAGUAGGGAGGUGUGUUGCACACAGAGAUUGUUUUGUAGUAUGACAUCUAAAACGUGA